UGCGGGCGGGACACGCCGUUGUUGCCAGCCGACGUGGUGGCCGCGCGCCUCCCUUUUCUUCCCGACUGGGCGCUCUCGGAUGACGGCAAGGCCAUCUCGCGAUCGUUCGUCGCCAAGAAUUGGGGCGCGGCGAUGGCCUUCAUCAACGCGGCGAGCGAGGUCUGCGAGGACGAGGGCCACCAUCCGGAUCUGCACCUCACAAACUGGCGGGACGUACGAGUGGUGCUGUCGACCCACGCGGUCGGCGGCUUGACUCUCCCCGACCUUGUCCUCGCCGCGAAGCUCGACACGGUCGAGGUGGAG